AUGGACAGCUGGACUCUCCAGGGGGACAGCUACUCCUUCCUGCGCAGUGCGCCCCGCACUUUCUCCCUGUGCCAUCGUGACGGUACCCCUAAUCACAUUGAAAUCUUUGACAUCAUUAACGUCCCCAGUCAAAGCAGUGCAAUUUCGGAGACCACCUGCCUGUGUGACAUUUUUGGAGACGACUGUGAGUCAGCUUCUCUUUCAAGCAGCCCUGCUGUAGGGGCUUUUGUCCCUCCUCAGAGAGAGGUGGAGGAGACAGCUGCGGCAUCACCCCUGGCAGAUGAUCUGAACGACUCAUCAGGUUCUUAUCACACUGCACAGGGAUCUAGUGAAGGAGAGGAAGGCUUUGAAGAUUCAAAAGACAGGCUUAACAGCCCAACUUUGCAGAGCGAAUCUUUACAAAGGAGUCAGACAGAGGACAAGGGACUGAGCUCAGGGCAUCCAGACGUUUCUGAGGACACUUGCCCAAAAAGCAUAUCCCCAUUACCACAGCUUAGUGCUCGUAGCCCAUCAUCUGAAGUCUUCAGCACUGGUGGAAGUACCCCAUCUCCUGGUCAUAACAGCCCCUUUACCCUCAGUACAGGAAGAGCAUCAUCCUUAUCUUCUUCCUCAGUUGAAAAAAUAUGUUCACCUUCACUGUCUAACCCAGAACAAGCUUUUUCAGAAGCUGAGUCAAGUAGAGUCACCCCUACCUUCUUAGAUAACCACAAAACCCCCUCACAUCAGUCUUUAACUCCAACACCUUCCCCUCCACCUAGAAAUAUAGUCAACUUAUCCUCUGAAUCAUUGAAUACUCAAUCUUUUGCUGAGUUCAGAGUUGCACAAGUCUCACCUGAACCUAGAAGCAGCUACUUCAACCAAAACCGGAGUCCCUCAUCUGAGCUAUCUGAGCUUACAUCAAAAGAUUUUUCUUCUGGUGCCAUUUCAACUCCCUCACCUUCAUUCAGUGGCAGAGAGUUAUCACCCCACUCAAGAGAUUCUCCAGCUCAGUCUCCUGAGCUGAAGGAAAGGCCCUACUCCCCUAAUACUCAAGCAUCAUCUCCUUUUCCAGAGCUAAGAACGAGGAUCUCUCUGCCUGAUCUCUUCGCAAGAGGCUCCACACCUGAUAUCGGAGAUUCUACCCACACUCCUGAGCUGGUUUCAAAUCCUUCCACUGCAGGAAGAGACAUUUAUACUACCCCCGAGAACCAAGACACAAGGUUAUCAGCUGAAUCUGUCAGUACUUCUUCAACACCUGCCCCGCGUUACACUCCUCCCUCACCUAUCACUUCAGUAACAACAUAUCCUGAGCUUGUGGAGAGUGGUGACACAGCUCCCUCAUCUGGCCUGCUCAGUGUUGCUGAGACCAAAGGAAGAAGUCCCUCCCCUGGUCCCUCACUGAGGGUAAGACACAUUUCAUCACCUUCUGGUAUUGGGACUCAGCUGUCUUCACCUGUAAAAAGUUAUAGUUUAUCACCAUCACCUGAAGUUGCACAGGAUUGCUCUCCCAUAGAGCUGAGACAUACUAGUCCCUCACCUGAAAUUAGAGUAACAGCAUCCUCACCUGAGGCCAGUAGGAGAGAGUGGCCUGCUGAGGGGAAGUCAGCAUCAGCCUCUCCUUUCCUACACUCUCACUUUGAUUCUGCCGCAUCAAGAAGCCUUGCCUCAUCCCCUCACAUCACAGGAAUUUCUUAUUCUGUCGUUCAGCCUGAGGACAGGGACAGUCCCCCUUUUCCAGAGCUCCUGCGUCUCUCCACCCCUCAGCCUGAUAGGACACUUGUGUUCCAGGAAGCAAGAAGCCCUACCCCAAGCAGAGACAGCAUACAGAGCAGUAGAGCAGAAUCUGCUGGUACACCACAAGACUCACCACAAGUAUCAGGCUUUACAAGCUCUGUCCUGCAGCCUGAAGAAACUCUGUCACAUCAACCAAGGUACCAAACACCUUCACCAAAGCCGAAGCAUUUAAGUCCCUCUCCUGAGGCAAGAUUUCAAACUCCUACAUCUGAUAAGCAUCACAGUCCUUCACCCCCGGAGAGAAGUAUAGAUCCAUCACCAGUUGCCCCAUCUCCUGAGCAGAGGUGUCAUCAGUCUUCACCAGCAAACCUCUUCACCGAGUACAAACCUCACUAUAAAGAAACCGCUCCUCCACUGAGAAAUACACCUGAUGUUGAGGAGAGUUCCUCCUCAGUUGACAUCAGAGAGACACUGUACCCAGCACACUUUGAAAAAGAGUGUGUGUCACCCUCAUUUGAGUUAGACAACGGGGGCAAAUCAGUUGGAGUUGAAAGUACAUUGUCAGUGGUUGCAGUUCCUUCACCUGUAUCUACUUUAUCUCCUUCACCUUUCCUAGCUGAGAGAAAGGUAGACAGUUCACCAACACAACAAAGCAUAAAGAGAGAGGCAACGCCAGAGGAGGCAGAUCAUCAAGAAAGCUCAAGUCUCACCUCCUUCUCUGAGGAAAAACAAGCCAUUUGUCCUGUUCUUUUUCAAAAAGAAGACACCAGUAAUAACCUCUCUGUUGACAUCAGGUCUUUUUCCCCUAAUCUUAUCGUCUCUCAAGCCAGGAGUCCAAAUAUUUCAACUCUGCAAGGUGCUACUUCCAACUCAGCUCCGCAAGAACUGGAAAACCCACAGCCCAAACUCAAUACUUAUUCCCUGAAUUCUGAGAGCAUCAGUUCAUUUGAGUCAGCUUGUAGACCUGAGUUGACAAGAAAACAGCUCUUAACCAGUGUAAGACGUGAAAACAGAGAGAGGUUCACACAAGACAUGGCCCACCAUGUGCACAGAAGGCGAACUCCAUCUCCACCACUCACUAGGUUUACACCUGUCCACAUCCUAGCGCCUGAGAAACCAUACAGACAGUGGCAGAACAGAAGCCGUAGCCCCUCUCAGGUUGAAGCAUCCUCAAAUACUGGUCAUUUAAAGCAAGUGGUGACAAACAGGGAAAGCCCCGAUGUUGCCUCUGUAGACAGUAAUAGCCAGGCUCAGUGGGUCAGGCUAGAAACGCAAUUGGAGAUGGAGAACGAAAUGCAGCUGGAGGAAGAUAGAGAGGUAGUUAGGGGGAGGAUAAAGGAAAGGGAGAUGGAGAGAGAGCAAAAGAGGGAGGAGCGGGUUCCUGAAAAGGGGAAGGGGUGGCAGGGGGACGCCAGUUACAGAGGGGAACAGGUUGACCUGUCAUUCAAUGCCAGGAAUAGAAAAGGGCCUGCGAGUCGCAGAGCAGCUCCCACAAGCAGAGAGAUCCGUCAGGGACUGCCAACAGUGCAUUCCUAUUCAGAGAGCUUGCUUGCCCCCAGACGGUUCCAGCAACACAGUCUGCUUGCUUCCCAACAAGACACCAGGGGUGUUGGACCUAGUAGACGGCUUCAGCCUCCUGCUCUUCAGAACAGGAACACCACUCACGGACGCGUUGCUUCAAACAGGCCCUGCCGCAGUUCAAGCUCCAGCAUGGGAAGUGAGCUUGAUGAGGCAGACCAUGAGGUGAAGUGGUUCACUGAUGAGGCCUUCAGCAGCCUUUCAAGUCCUGAGGCAGAUUACUUAGACAUGUACAACUCCAGCCACCGUUCAUCUACCAACAUCUCUCAACCAUCUACCCAGGACAGCCCAGCUGGGGUCAAUCCUGCCUGGCUUGCUUAUGCUGACUUCAGGGGCUCUGCUCAAAAGCUGGACAAUGAUGAACUCUCCUUCCAGCAGCCAUAUGCUUACUACUCAGAUGGCCUUGAUCAAUCAAGGCGCUAUGAAAUGGGCAGCUUUGAAUGUGUAGAUGUUGCAGUGGAAAGAGAAGAUUCUAGGAAGGCAAGAAGAGGAGUGCCAAAGAGACAGAUCCAGCUGAAGAGAAAGAAUAAUGCUGACGGGAAGCAAGAUGAAAGCAGUGAAAACAGUAGCCCUGGUUUACCAGUGAUGCUGGAAAGCUCCUCAUUGGAGAGCCACUCCAGUGAGACAUUCAUGAGACAGCACAGCACACCAGAAGCAAUGCAAGAGUGCUACCCCUCUGAGCUCAGUCCUGAGCCCAACCAACAAAAUGAAAGAAAAUCCAACCUCCAGAAAUCUCCAUCUCUGGAUGAGUCAUGUGCUAAAACCAAGAUGGCCACAUGUCUCAUCAAAAGUGUUUUGUCAAAGAAGAUGCAUAGUGUGGAUAAACAACCUGACGAGGAGGCAGGUGAAGAAGAAAGCCCUUCUUUUGAGGAAAACAGCCCACCAACAGAGGCCACUGCAUCGCCACUCAAAGAGUCUCCAAAACCUACUCUGAGCUCAAGUGUCCAGUCAGAUUAUAGCAUUUCAUCUGAGGGUCCUUCUCUGAGAGGUGAACCAAGCAUUAAGGAUGAAGCCAGAACAACAAGAAGCUUUGGCGUGAAAUCAAGUAACAGACCAAGUUCAUCCAGCAGCAGCAGGAGUGUGACCUUUUCACAGACAGAGAGUGAAGAGGCGGAUUCUGAAAGUAGGAGUGGAACCUCAUCAAGAUCUGAAAUAAAAUCAGAAUUAAAAGUGCAAUUUGAUAGUAAACAUUCAAGAACUGGAUUACAACGAGCAGACGGCAGUAAAACAUGGGACAAAAGGGAGGGUGGUGAGUCAGCAAAUGCCACUGCCGGGAACACAGGAGCUCCUUCUGUCACUAGAGCCUGCAGCAUGCAGGCCCGGACGACAAAUAGAGACCAGGAAUGUGAAAACACAGAGGUCCAUAAACAACUGCAACAGGGUGACAAGAGCGCCCACACAUCAAAUACACCAGAGAUCACGCUCAAAGCUGUGGAGAAAAAGAAAGCCUCCUUAAAUGUUUGCCUCACUCCUGAGGCAGAAAACAAACCUGAGGCUGCUUCACCACAAAUGACUUUCAGAGAAAAGGAGGAUAGGGAAGAGGCCUGUGUUGAUGACAAAACAGAGGAAGAUGAAGGAACUGGUAAUAAUCAAGUAAAGGUUCCCAUUCACAAAGUAAGAGAUGUGAGACGCCUUGUAAAAAACACAUAUAAUCUGUCCUUCAAGGCGUCUGGUACUGCAAUGCCAUCAACUGUGAAUGAUGAAAACCAGGAGAGAGGAGACAAAGCAAAAGAGGGAAGAAUCGAAGAGGUCAAAGCAGAGGAAGAGAGGAGGCUAAGGCAAGAGUUAAGGAGGGAGGAGAGGGAAGAAGAGGUGAGGUUGGAGAAGAGAGAGGAACAAAAAGAGGAGAUCAAAGAUUCAAAACUACCAACCUUGUCAUCACCCUUUCAGAGCAGAAGAAAUCCUCUGUCUCGUUCACAGCCGAUGCAAAUAGAAUAUAGGGCUGUUUGCUCUAAAGAUGAGAAACAUAACAUUUCCUCCAUCAAGAAAGACUCUGAGAGCUUAGGGGAGAAAUCCCAGGCUUCUCCAAAACCUGCCAUGGAGGUAAACAGGGAGUCACAGAUUUCAUCCAGAGCUAACACACACAGCCAUUCAAGUCGAGACAUGGUAAUUUCCACGUUAUGUCAGCAUGAUCCAAACAUGGCAGCAGCAACACAGGAGGCUGUGACAGUGUCAGACAGUGAGAGCAAACCUGUUAGAACAGACAGGAAACCUCCCAUGCUGGGAAGCAUCCCGAGACAGUCCAGUAAGGACAGAGAGGUGUCCACUGCAGUCGUGUUAAUUCGGGAUGGAUCCAGCAAAUCCAAGACAUCCACAUUUUCAGCACAGGAAGACAUUUCUACCAAAACCCAAGCCCCAGCUGCUUCACCUUCACCCGGGCCUGCUAUACCUGGUAGCCACUCAGUUUCCAUGCUAUUAAAGGAGAAAGGCUACCAAGCUGACAUUGGCGCAGUGGUGGGUGACAACCAGAAUGCUGCUGUAGGUAAAGGGGUUCCCCAUAAGCAUGUGAACUGCCUGGAGAUCCCACUUCAGACCACAACUUCCUCAGAUGAAAGUCAAAUCCGGUCACAAAGAGAGAGGACUCUCUCAUCCUCAUCCGCCUUGUCUGGCCCCUCAGCAGUGUCUGAAAACACAGACACCCCAGCAAAGACCAGAGAGGAUGAAGAAGUUAGCAUCAAGCCUCCACUAAAAGACACAGCAAAACUAAAAAGUGUUUCCCUGCUAAGGAGUAUGCAAGAGCCAACACAACCUCCCACCAAACAGAAAGAACUGGGGGAUUUUGAAGCAGUGAAAAGACUUGAUCCCACCUUUCCUCCAAGGUCCCCCGCAAUAAGGAGAUUCAAGCCUCAGCAAAUUGAGGUAAAGUCAUUGUCCAAAGAAACGCAGAAGCAAGAUAUGCACACAAAUACUCCAGGAAACAACAGGCCUCAAGCCAUAGAGGUUAAAUCUAUAGCAAAACAUUCUCAAAAGCCAGUUGUACCACCAAAACCAAGCUGCAAGUUUAAACCUGCAGAUUUAGGAACAAUGCCAAAUGAAGCACAGAGACCAUCAGCAACAACAUCCACUGUAAGGCCACAUAGUGAGGAAAGGUCUCAAACUAUUGUAGUGUCCUCACCAACAAUCUAUAGAAAAAUCUCCAAUGAGUCCACUUCAACAUCACACAGUACAAGAAAGAUAGCUGUGGCUGCAGUAUCCAGCAUCAAACCUCCCCCUUACAAAACAACAUCAACCAGCAACAGCAAUCUCUCAAACCAGUCGGCAGCAUCACCUGAGACAGAUGCAUCUACUGACAGAGGUCAACAGCAGCUGUCAGGAUCUCUCCCUCAGAGCUGUAGUAUUACACAAGGAGUAACAACUUCAGCUGCAGCUCCAACAACAACCAGUGCUCCAAGUUUAACCUCAAACCCUGGUCCAGUUUCUGAUCAAAAUGCACAUCAAGCUCCUGCACCUGUCCCAGCUGGAUCCAGCCACCCCAGCCAGCCAGCUGUUAUAGAUCAACACAUCCAACCACCGUAUCCCAGAAUGGCAUAUCCUCAUGAGCAAGCUGUGCCUGUAGCUUCAAGCAAUACAAAACAACCGACUCCUAUUUCAACAACACAAGUGCCGGGAUACACACACCAGACAUACCGCAGAUCACUCUCCGGCGAGCGCUCCCACAGGUCUGAAGAAAUGCAAUUUUACGCCUCUGAUGAUCCACCAAGCUAUGAUGAAAGGGAGAGCUUCAGUCCCCUCAUGCUCCAAGACCUGACCACCAGGAGGUCAAACCGCUAUCAACCCUCCUCCCGCCCCCCUCCCUGCUCCUGCACAACUGGCUGCCCUUCCCACCCUGGUCUCACCCCUCCUCACUCUCACCGCAGCCCGCACAACAUCACCCCUCCUGCCCCUACUCACUCUCCUGGCCAGGCACUGCCUUACCCAGGUACUCAGCCCCCUCUUCGGCAGCACCAAUGCAGACCUGACCCUCAGCCAAUGUCUUACCAGCCCGGCUCUCCAAAAUCAAGUCCUCUUGGACCAAGCCAGCCACCAGCCAUGUAUCAGCCUAUUCACCACCCUCCUCCCUGUCCUCCGCACCCCUCACUAAUGCAUGCCUGUCCUGCUGACCGUCCAUUGCAGCCAUCGCAGCACAUUGACCCUCGACGAGGCCCUGUCCACAGAUCCCCUCAGCAACAGCCACCAGGAAUGGGCGGGGCUCCUUACAGUGAUCCUGUCCAUGGCCACUCUCCUGGCCUUCCGCCAAUGGAUCCACAGUACCUGUGUGGCCCUCAAAGCCUGGGGCCUUCCUAUGGAUCUGAAUAUGGGGGUGACAGCUCCAGUUUGUACUCAGAGAGCAGCUAUGGACAGGCACCACGUAGAGUGCUCUUGGACCCUGAAACAGGGAAGUACUUUUAUAUUGAGGUGCCUGUGCAGCCACUAAGGAAAAUGUUGUUUGACCCAGAGACUGGCCAAUAUGUAGAAGUGCUCAUCCCACAGCAAGCAAUGUCACACUCAGGCCUGUAUCCUCCUUCUGCAGCUCCUUACCCAUCUCUCCACAACCCUAACAUGUAUGCCCCUGCUCCACAGUACAUGCCCUAUGCAGCUCCUCCUCCUCCUGCUCACUCCCAGGCUCAACCUCAGCCACCUCGGUAUCCUGAGCCUUCUGCUGCAGCGACAAUGCACCCGAGUGGGCCUGGGGUCAACUACAGUAAUCCCUCUGGUCAGGGGUCCAAGCCAGAGCCCCAGAACCAUCCACCACUGGACCAGAGCUACCUAGAGAGUAUGUAUUAUGUCCCUACAGGGAUGAAUGCAAGCCCCAAUCCAACCCCACCAGACUAUUACCACAAACAUCCCCCUAACUUACCCCCGACAGGGGGGAAAAGGUCCUGAAAUAGAGGAUAGAGGCCGCCUUCCUGGAGCCUGUUGAGUUUUAAAUACACAGUGUAUAAAGAGCUGUCUAAUGUUAGCCUGUAAUGUUAUUUGAGUUUUCACUUAGCAACUGAAGACAGCAAUAAUGUGGUUGUUGUUAAUUUUCUGCUGCCUCUUCUGCCCUUUGCUGCUUUAAUCGUGCAAAUAUGUGAUUCUUAAGAAAAUGUUUUUUUGGAAAGACAAGAGAGUAAACCUUUGCUUAUGUGUGUGUU